CUAACUCUUCUCUAAUGGUGAACUUAAUUUGAAAGAUCUAAAAAUGGCUGUAACCGAAGAAAAUAAUUCAUAUAGUAAUCCAAAUUUUACGGCAAGCGAUCAAGAUAUAAAACUAAAAAAUUUAAACAAAUGGAGUGAUAUAGAAUUAACUAAACGAGAUUCCUUGGAAAGUCAAAAUGUGGAAGUUGUUGAAAAUAAAAAAUCAUCCAUGGAUUUUGAUGAUAUUUUACCUUUGAUAGGAGAAUUUGGGAAAUAUCAAAAGAUUUUAUUCAUUUACAUGAUACCAUUUGAAUUUUUUUUGGUAUUUGUGUAUUUUACCCAAAUAUUUUUGACACUAACACCGGAACAAUAUUGGUGUGAGGUGCCAGAAUUGGCUGAUCUAACAAUUGCAGAGAAACUACAGCUAUCCAUACCUUUUGUGGAAGGAUCCUAUAGCAAAUGUUCAAUGUAUAAUGUUAACUUUACCGAGCAGUUGCUGCAAGGUGUUACAAAGGCUAAUUCGUCCUGGCCUAUUAAGCCCUGCUCUAUGGGUUGGUCUUAUAAUUUCACCGAAAUUCCUUAUACCACUAUUGCUACCGAUCUGAAUUGGGUGUGUGAGGAUGCUGCCAAGGCCACUUAUGCCCAAUCGAUUUUUUUUCUGGGCGCCAUUGUGGGUGGCCUGUUAUUUGGUUGGAUUGCUGAUAAGUUUGGACGUAUACCCUCUAUGAUUGCCUGCAAUUUGGUGGGUUGUGUGGCGGGUGUGGCAACAGCAUUUGUGACAACAUUUUGGAGUUUCGCUCUGAUGAGAUUUUUUAUUGGUUUUGCUUUCGAUAAUUGUUUUGUCAUGAUGUUUAUAUUGGUUCUCGAAUAUGUGGGUCCAAAGUAUCGUACAUUUGUAACGAAUAUGUCUAUAGCAUUAUUUUUUACUGCCGGCGGAUGUGCCCUGCCUUGGAUUGCCUACUAUAUAGCUGAUUGGAAGAUUUUGGCCAUAGCAACCUCAGCUCCUUUGCUGUUAGUCAUAUUAACACCCUGGUUAAUACCAGAAUCGGCCAGAUGGUUGGUGUGUCAGGGUGAAAUUGAAAAAUCCAUUACCAUACUCAAGAAAAUGGCUAAGAGUAACAGGAAACAGGUGCCAGAGGAAACGUUUACACAGUUCCGUGAAAGCUGCUUGAUGCUGCAGGAGGAGGAAAAGGAAAAUCAUAGUUACACGGUGUUAGAUCUUUUCAAAACUCCACGUCUAAGACGCAUUACUCUAUUGUUUGUGGUUAUAUGGAUGUGUAUUUCUUUAGUGUUCGAUGGUCAUGUACGUAAUGUGGGCUCUUUGGGUUUGGACAUCUUUAUAACGUUUACUCUAGCUUGUCUAACGGAAUUGCCAGGAGCUGUUAUACUUACUUAUACUUUGGAUAAAUUGGGUCGUCGCUGGUAUGCCUGUGGCAGUAUGAUGUUAAGUGGCAUUUUCAGCAUUUUAGCAACAUUGGCUCCUAGCGGAAUAUAUUCUGCGGGCUUUGCCAUAGGUGGCAGAUUUUUUGUCAACAUUUCAUAUAACAUAGGAUCGCAAUAUGCUGCCGAAAUUUUACCCACUGUGGUAAGAGCCCAGGGUGUGGCCUUUAUACAUAUCAUGGGUUAUGUUUCUACGAUUAUUGCACCUUUUGUGGUGUAUCUGAGUAAUAUUUCACCGGUGCUGCCCUUGAUUAUAUUGGGUUGUUUGGGAGUAGUUGGUGGUUUAUUAUGCCUCUUUUUGCCUGAGACCAUGGAUAAGGAUUUACCGAAGACCUUGCAAGAUGGCGAAGAAUUUGGUUUGGAACAAAAGUUUUGGGAUUUUCCUUGGCUGAAAAAGGAAAAGAACUAAAAUUUUAAAUUGUUUUUUUUUUCAAAGAUUUAAAUAUAAAAUGUAUGUGUUGUAAAAUGCCAUAAUUCAUUAUUAGAUUUAAGGUUUGGUCACAGUUCACCAAAGAAAGUGUAAACUCAAAUUACUAUGAAAUUCUUUACACUAACAUGUAUUUUGUGAAUGCAAUCUAAUGUAAAUUAUCCGAAGUAAAAAUGAUUUUCAAAUAAAUAAAAGAAAAUAUAGUCGGUCA